CGACAGGUAACACGCUAUUUUAACACACUGUGUAGUUUAGCUCGGAACUGUGCGGGUUUGGACGCCGCCCAAGUCAGACGUGCAGAAUAUCAGUCACGUAAACAAGUUGGCGUGUCAGAUAGUCAGCGGUGCGCGCGCGGUUAAAGAGUGAUGCAGGUGGAUCGUCGCUGGACAGAGGUUUUUAAUGACUCCGUGCACGAAGCCGUGCACAGAGAGGAGACAUCAAAUCCGGAGAAGACCUUGUGCCUCUCUGCUGGUUCCUCUGCCACACGAUCACAACCGCUGACAAUCAGGAAGAGCCACAGCUCCAAAGGAGAGUUCAGACCUUCAUCUAUGCCGUCCAUACCCAAUCCGUUCCCCGAGCUGUGCAGUCCCUCACACUCUCCGGUCCGUGUCGGCUCGCUGGUAGGAAGCCCUGAUGACGAAGACACGCAUGUGGUAAGGGUGUUCGGCGAGGACACACACAGUCGCUCGGUGGUGGUGUCAUCGGCGGCAACGGCGCGAGACGUGUGUCACAUUCUGGUCGAGUCGACUCACUGUACGGACGAAGAGAACUGGGCUCUCCUUGAGCAGCACCCUUCAUUAGGGCUGGAGCGCUGCCUCGAGGACCAUGAAGUGGUGUCUCAGGUGCAGUCAUCCUGGUCACAAGAUGGCGACACCAAACUGUUGUUCCGUAAAAACUACGCCAAGUAUGAGUUCUUCAAAAAACCAGCGCAAUAUUUCCCUGAGAACAUGAUUUCUGACUGCACCGAUGUCAAGACAGGAAUGACCCCAUCGCAGCUUGUUCAGAGCAUGUUGAAGUGCGGCUCGUGCCCAGAGAUUCAGGGCUACCUGCAUGUACGUGAAGCAGGGAAGAAGUCUUGGAAGAAACUGUACUACGUUCUGCGGAGGUCUGGACUUUACUGCUCGACCAAGGGCUCGUCUAAGGAGCCUCGACACCUUCAGUGUGUAGCUGAUCUCGAGGACGUCAGCGUGUAUACAGUCGCCAACAGUCGGAAACUCUACAGCUCCCCCAAAGGACACACUUUCUGCAUGAAGACUAGCAGAGGCAAAUUUCACUCUCAGGAGCUUAAACUGUUAUGUGCGGACAGCGAGCAGAGUAAAACCUGCUGGGUUACAGCCUUCAGACUGUUUAAGUAUGGAAAGCAGCUUCAGUGUAAUUACCUGUUAGCACAGGCGAAUCCUAACCUUCAGAUCCCCCCACGAGCUAACAAGCGAGCCGACGGAGAGGAGUCGAUGGUAGCCAUGGAUUUCUCAGGGAAGAGCGGAGGCCGAGUGAUCCUCAACCCACGAGAGGCAGAGAAUGCUGAGCAGGAGGAAGGAUACAACUGGAGGAAGAGAGAGGCACUGCGCUACAGCCUACCAAACAGCAGCCAUGGGUCACGACCUCCAGCCGUGCACCAGACCCAGCCCUGGUUCCAUGGAGGUGUUUCUCGCUCUGAAGCCCAACAGCUGCUGGAAGAGCAGGGGCAGGCGGAUGGGCUGUUUUUGAUUCGGGACAGUCAGCUGCAUCCGCAGUGUUUUGUCUUGUCACUGUGUCAUCAACGGAAGAUCAAACACUACCUGCUCAUUCCCUGUGAGGAGGGCGGCAGGCAGUACUACACGAUGGACGACGGUGAAACUCUCUUCAUCGACCUGCUGCAGCUGGUGGAGUUUCACCAGAUUAAUCGUGGCAUCCUCCCCGUUUGCCUCAAACACCCGUGCAUACGCAUCGCUCUGUGAGCCCUAAAGCCCCACACUCUCCACACACAUCCACCAUUGCACACCAAAACCACAGUGUUGAAGCCAUUUCAACUUCACCUGGACUAGUAAACUCUACACAAACUACUGCACAUUGUUUGUUUGUGGGCAUCAUUUCCACCCUUGCUGUUCACCUUUCAGUCACUUGGUGGUGCUGGAGUUCACUGCAUUGGGAAGAAAUACAUCUGAUAGAUGAAGAAUUUUGCACAAGCCUCUUAUUUUUAUUUUUUCUUUGCAGGUUAAAUAUUUAUAAACUGUUUAUGAUUGCAGGUUCAUCUGACUUGAUUGUGUUCACUUGUGUGUAAACUGCUGGCGGGUAUUUAAAUCAGAUUUUCUUUCAAUUGUUUUGUUUUGUUGUCGAAUAAAUUGUUCUGUAUACACUG